ACUUCUUUAUAAAAACUCGUUCAGUUUUCUUGGUAAAAAAGCGUUUUAAACAUGGACUGCGUACUGAAAUGAUGGGCGUGAAGGAAGAAGCACAGAAGGGCUUUACGGCCAGUUCAGACUUCGGUUGGCCACAGUUUCUUUCACUUCCGUCAGUCAGUGACAGAUCAGUCAUUCGACAGUAGGUUGGACAGCAUAUUGGCCAGCCAUUAAAGUUCCAGAGUUUGGUGAUCUCAGUUUCAGAAAGGUCUUAGAAACAAUGGGAACCGAAGUGGAGGUUUUUACCAUUGGGAGUUCUGUUUGGUGUAAAACGUUUACGAAUCAUGAAUACGCAGGCGAAGUGACGGGAUAUCAUCCAGAGAUCCGAACGCUAGUUCUACGGUGCCCUUCGUCAAAUGGAGACCCCAAGUUGAGAAACGUCGUAUUUAUAAACUUGACCAGCGUUAUAAAAUUGAGAGUCAAAAAUGAUGGGAAUAAACACCACGACCCACCUGCAAAUGUGAACCUGCAUAGGUUAAGUUCGAGGAUCCGUAACCAAGUUGAGCAGAAGAGGCGAACGCUCCAAGCAAUAUCUGCCAAUGUAUCCGUAGAAGGACAAAGUCUAUUUCUAGCAUUAUCGAAAAUUAUACAAGACGUCAAGUGGAGAAACUCAGAUAUUGUCAUUUACAAUCAAGAGGUGUACAUAAGCCCUCCAUAUCAACUGGAAAAUGUCCACGGAAAUACGAACAACAAGACCUACGAUUACAUCGUGAAAGUGGUUGAAAAGCAUAUUCAAGGACGAGCGAUGAGUUCAAAUGCAGCUGUGAAUACUGAAAAUUCACAGUUGCAAUCGAACACAAGACCUUCACAGUAACCGACACGGACACAGCGAGAGUAUCAGUUUUUAUACUGUGUGUAUUCGGCCCGGUCGUAUUGGUUGAAUUGUGGCAAGAAUAUUCUAGUUUAAAAGAUGCUGUGAACUGAUGCUAUUCAAUUGUUGUACUUCAAGAGCCGGAUAUUUAUUCGUUGACUACGUGUGCUACAUUUCAGUUGAUACGACCAUUUUGAGAACGCUAGAACAGUUCUUUUUGUUUUUUAUUUGAAAAACUUUAUGUUAAUUCCAACUUUUUAAUUUAUAUAAUUUUUAAGAUGUACAAUUAAAAUAUCUUAGGCUCAUUCAUGCACAUUUUGCAGUUUUCAUUGUUUCUUCUCAAGAUUAAAUGCCUAUUUUCAAAGAAAAUUGUUGAUUUUACUUUACCAACACCCUACCACAUAUACCUAUCUUUGUCCGGCGUGCUAAUUCAUGGUGGAUGGACGGUUGACUUUGACAUCGACUUUAAAUAGGUAACCUAGCCCAACUCGUCUUCUUCAAUGAACCUAACCAAGAAAUGACUGGCAGUCUAAAUAAUAGAAAGGAAAAUUCGAAGAAAACCAAGAUUGAGGCAAGGGUUUUGAAUAAAACCAUAGUAAAACGUUAUAGACGGGGUGCUCGCAACGCCAAGCGCCGUUGCAGGCGAAAAAAGAGCAAGAAGGCAUACAUCAGCAUGCUCAAAAAGGGGCGAAUCACUCGAGAAACUGAGGAACUCUGCAGCAGCAUUCAAGAGGUGGACGUUGUGGACAUGGAAGAGCUGCCAGAGCUCAGCAGCCUUCCCCGAGAAGUCGCUGAAUGGCAGCGACAAGACCAAAUUGCUUACUGGAAGUCUCGAGCAAUAAGCUUUGAAAUCGAAAACAAGAUGCUGCGUGAACACUUGCGGAACGUCUAUGCUGAUCAAAUACAACAAGACUAUAACCAAUCGCAGGCCUGGCCAAGUGCGUCUUCCACGACGCAGCAGCAGCGAUAUGAGAAAAAAGGCAAAGCAGCACUAAAGCAAAAUUGCCAAGACAAAGUGAAAGUUCUCCCGAAGGAGCCAAUAGGUAAAAACAGGCUAACGGAAAUGGAAAAGAUCUAUGGGGAUGUGGCGCCGAAAAUCAUGGGAAUGGAGACAGCAAUCGAACUGAACUAUCAAAGGCUGAUGGAGGAAGCACCGGCCUAUUGGCCGAAUAUUCCCCUAAAGUUAUAAACCUAGUCAAGAAUUAAAAAACAUUUCCUUUA